CCCCUCCCAGCUCCAUCGCCACAGACUGGAACCCAUUCCACUCGCACUCAAGCGCACACCACACCCCAUGGCUCUCAACGGCGGCGGCGCCGCCACUGCAGCGUGCAUCCUCGUCCUCCUAGCACUCGCCGGCGCCGCUGGGGCAACCUUCUCGGCGCCGCCGCCGGUGGACUGCUCGGCAUUGUUGGCUGGCCUCGCAGACUGCCUCGACUUUGUGUCGCCCAGCAGCAAGUCGAGUCAGCCUUCCAAGGCCUGCUGCGGGGAGGUGAAGACCUCCGUCGGCAGCCCCGCCGUCGUGGACUGCGUCUGCGCCGCCAUGUUCUCGAAGCUGACGCAGUUACCGAUCAACAGGACACGGGUGUACGCUCUCCCCGACGCCUGCGGCACACCCGCCUCCGUAUUGAACAGGUGCCAUGGUGAGCACCGUGCCUUUUCUCACUUCCUCCAUAAUCUUCUUGUCCUGAGUUUGGCUAGAAUCUGCUUCCCUUUUUUACAUCAAGAAACUAGAACUAAAUCGUGUUGUUUUACUAGGAAGUUUAUCAUUAGUUCGAUUCCUGUGUGGGAUUUACGAUAAAAGAUCUCGAUUCGUGUUAGAGCAUCUACGACUGCAAUGCACAAAUCUGACCACCUCUAUGUCCGCGGACGGAUCCGUAAAUAGGAGCCAACCGACCCCCUAUAUGUCCUCCCUGCAAUCACAUUCUUCACUUGCAUACUCAAAUCCAUGCAACCGCAUUCACGACCAUUUGACAAUACGAAUACACGUACCAAUGAUUAUAUCACACAAUUAAAAUUCGGGACGAUGGCUGGGUCCGGGGCGACAAGGACACCAGUGGGUAGUUUGCGGCUGAUGGUGGUGGUGUUGUGGGUUG